AUGGAAGGAGGAACACCCACGACAGCGGGUGGUUUGACGCAAACUCUCGUGGCGACUUUGAUGCGCGAGAAAGGAGGCUUAGGAAAGCUUUUCUCCCGCUCUGAUGAGGAUAAAAACGCCAACAACAACGCGCUCGUGGUUGUUGGCGCGGCGGCUCUUUCGGCGUCGUCCGCGAUGAUGGUGUGGUAUUUCGCGUACAAAAAAUCGUCGUCUCACAUUUCGUCGGGAAAUUUGAAAAAAAAGGACUGUGUCAAAGCGUUGGAUUUGAUUCCGCACCCGGAAGGUGGCUAUUUCAGAGAAACCCACAGGUCUGGGGCGACGCCGAUGGCAAGUCGAGGGAAAACAGAUUCGAACGGAGAUUUGGUGAAAACGUCGUCCGGAGGGAAUGCGAGGAACACGAUGACGUCUAUUUACUAUUUGAUUGAGGAUUACCAAGGAUUGGUGUGUAACAAGAGCGACCACGUGCAUUAUUUUCACUACGGGUGUACGGUGCUGUAUCACAUCGUCAAUCCAUCCACGGGAGAGUAUUACGUGGAACGAUUAGGUUCAAAUUUGAGUAAGGGCGAUAAACCACAAGUCGUUGUGCCUGGAAAUUAUUUCAAAGCGGCGACUUUAGAGAAGACGAAAAGUUUUGACUUUGCGCUUUUAGGCGAAGGCGUCGGACCCGGGUUUGAUUUUCGCGACUUUGAGUUUGUGAGUAAAGAGAAGUUAAAGAGGAAUUUGUCGAACAAGAGUAACUUUUUCGUUUUAGAGAGGUUGUGCAAGCCAGGCAUCGAAGACACGGACAAGUUUUACGAGAAGACAGAUAAUAAUAAGAAGAAGAACAACAAGAAUAAGAACAAUACGAAUAACAAUAGAAAUGGAUCGAGCGAUAAGUUGUCGAAAGGAAAAGAUAUAUCAGCUCCCGGUUUGAAGAAAAUUCCGACGCCGAAGAUAGGUGGAGGACAAAGUACCAACGCAGUAGCAGCGCCGGUGAACGGUGAAGCAAAGUCGCCACAACCACCACUCCCACCCUCGCCGCCGCCUCCGAAUGCGUUGCGAACGACACCCAACGGUAAUACGGUUUUGGCCGACAGAAAACUCACGCGUUCGAUGGCGACCAACCCGCAGAUUCGCUUCGACGAUAUCGGUCAAUCCACGCCUCAGUUUAAACCGCCAAAAAAUAUCAACCGAAUCGACCGAGAUAACGUGGAAAUCACGCCGAUGGGUUUGAAAACGAGACCAGAAGAAGACGAAGGCGAUAAGUCGUUGGAAUUGGAAAGCCCGCUUUAA